AUGGAACCUUGUCCAUUACAGAAACAGAUCGAAACGACUAAUGACACGAUAGCAUCUUUGCGCGAACGCCUGCGAAGGUUGGAAAUAAACUUGAAGGAUCCCAACGUUGCCGAAGAUCGAAGACGUGAGAUGACACUGGAGCUGAAGGAAAUCGGCAAACUGCUGGAAACAACCGAAGAGCAGUUGAAGAAAAUGCACAAGGAAAAUUCCAAGUCGUUUGCAGUGGCGGCCUGUUUGUUCUUCAUCUGCUUCUUGGUAUAUGGGUUGUACGUUCUAGUUAACGGGGUAUGA